AAUACCAUCACACAUUUGAACGAGAAAUCGCAUCAUACACAAAACAAAAUUAAUACCUCACUCACAACCAUUCAUCAAAUUAAGAAAACCAGCUAUAUGAAUCCUAUAAUGAAUACCCAAUUUGCUCUUUGCAUUAUUUUGGCAUUCUCCUUCUGUGGAGCUUAUGGAGCUAAGAUCACAUUCAUGAACAAAUGUCCAUACACAGUAUGGCCAGGAACCCUAACAAGUGCCCAAAAGCCUCAGUUAUCAAAAACAGGAUUUGAGCUAGCAUCUGGAAAAUCCGACUCUGUGGAUGUCCCAUCCCCAUGGGAAGGUCGGUUUUGGGGCCGAACCGGAUGCUCGAGCAAUGCAGGAAAAUUUAGUUGCGCCACUGCUGAUUGUGGCUCCGGCCAAGUCGCUUGCAAUGGUGCCGGUGCAGUUCCACCAGCAACAUUAGCAGAACUACACGUAGAAGCCAACGGUGGACAAGACUACUACGAUAUAAGCAAUGUUGACGGGUUCAACGUACCCAUGUCCAUUGUUCCACAAGGUGGAACCGGUGAUUGCAAACCCUCGAGUUGUCCCGCGAAUAUCAACGAUGUGUGCCCGACAGAGUUGCAGAUGAAAGGACCUGAUGGGAAAGUUGUUGCUUGCAAGAGUGCUUGUGCGGCUUUCAAUCAGCCACAAUAUUGUUGCACUGGAGAAUUUAACUCGCCCGAUAAAUGCAAGCCUACCCAAUACUCUGAUAUUUUUGAAAAGCAAUGUCCUCAAGCUUAUAGCUAUGCUUAUGAUGAUAAAAGUAGUACUUUUACUUGCUUCAAAGGACCUAACUACACCAUCACAUUCUGCCCUCGAACUUGAAAUUCCAUAUAGCUUUACUAUGUGAACUUGAAUAAAUACCAUAGUAUGUAUGUAAGGAAUAAACAAUCACAUUUUGGUGAUUGAAUAUGCAUUGGCUCAUAUGAUACGUGUUUUAAUAAAAAUUGUCAUAAAUUA